ACUGCCCAGGUACCUAGGUACCGACCCACCUAGGUACUGUAGGUAAACAAUCCGACCUCAUCCGGCUGUUUACUUGCGCAGGACAGAGCAAGCAACUAGCAGAACACGCUUGCAACCCGACCAGAUACGACAAGAGAAACCCACCGCGACCUGGCUUGGUGACCCUGAAGCCUGUCAUCUGUUUUCACGACCCAAAACUCGAGGUUUCCCCCAGAAUUUGUGCCCAACCACAAGGGAAAAUAACAAUGUCCCACUCCCCCGCGCCGUCAAACUACGGCGACUGCGUAGCCUCCCUGCGCACAUCCCUCAACCUCCUCGAAUCCUCAGUCGAGACGCUUGGGAACGGCGUCUCAGACCUCCCCAGGCUCGGGUCAGUGCUCAAGACAGUCCGCCACUACGAGCUCAUCCCCCAACCGACGCUGGCGGCAGCAGAGUCCUCCCUCCGCGACGAGAUCGGCCCCUUCGUCACACACCUCCUCGACCGCGCAGACAGGCAGAUCGACCGCCAGGCCCGCCGCAUCGAGACGCUCAAGGCCCGCAGCGACCUCAACGCAGGGAGGCUCGGCAGGGGAUCUGAAUCGCAGCCGCCGACAGAAGCUUCCUCCUCCUCGUCGUCGUCGUCCAGACCGGCGCCCAGGGGCAAGGGGGCUGGUGGGAGGAAGACGCUAGACGGCGGGGCUGGGCUCCGUGCGCGAGCUGUCCGACAGCGCAAGGAGGCGCUCAAGUACAGCGUCGAGAGGCUGGAGCUCGAGGUUGCGCAGAAGGAGAGGGAGCUUCGGGUGCGGCUGCAGGAGGCGUAAUGCGCCUGGCUCGGGCCCGAUACUUGCGACGGGGUGUCUUGGCUAUGCUGGGAGCACUCUCUGACAAGUCAUGAUGGGCUCAACCCUGCAGCAAAGUAUUGCACCGAUUUCAGGGAUUGGGCCACCCCCACGAUCUACGUCCACAGAAGCCGAGGCAUAUUAUCUGGGAAAAUAUCUGGAGAUAACGCCUAUCGGCACAGUGUGUGCACAUGCCCGCUCAACUCGGCACGCGCCGGCCUGGUGUUCCAGGAUGAGUAUAUGGCUACCUUUUCCCGACGAGUUUGCCCCGGAUCGGCUCAGAGAGACCCGCUACUUCCAUGGCAUGUGUAGCACUCGGCGAGAUUGUUAGGCAGCAUGGGGGGGCUUUCGGAAAGUCCCAUUCUACCCGGGUUGGCAACUCGUCCUCGACCAUGACUGCGAAGCUGUCUGCAAAAAUCUCCGCCAACGAAGCGGACUGAAGGAAGAGGGAAUUCGGGAUGGCAUCAAGAAGUGGUGACACCCGCACUGCGGCUCAGUGAGACAUGUCCCUUCUAACUGGAGGGGGCAAAUAACACAAACGCGUAUUCACAUUG